CAGAAAUACUCACUUUAAAAAACUGUGAGAUUUAGACAAUUAUCUUCAGUUUGUUAGACUACAAGAGGACAUCAUCUCUAAUUCAGUAUGAAGUACCUGGUCUUCGGGCUGUUCUCGCUGACUCUGCUGGGAUCUGUCUGUGCUGAGCAAGAGAGCAAUGGCAAGCAUCCUACAAUGAUGCCAAACAACUCCACCGGCAAUUCAACUUGGCAUAACAGCACCGACACUAACACUGGGAACAUGGGUGGCAGUGGUGGCACAGGCACGGGCACAGGCACCGGCACCGGCACCGGCACGGGCACUGGCACCGGCACCUACUCAGGCACCGGCACCGGCACCUACUCAGGCACCGGCACCGGCACCUCCUCAGGCACCGGCACCGGUUCAAGUUCGGGUACAGCCAUGAGCACAGGCACCGGGGGCACAGGCGUGGGGCCUACAAACGGACAGAGCAACGUCUUCACCUCCUUCACUGUGCUGUUUGGACCGUUUGUACUUCAAGCACUUUGGCAGUGAGCGACCUCUGGUAGCUCAACGCUGAAUUACAGCACUACCGUUCAACACAAUGCUAAUCUGAGUCUAUAUGUAAGCAGUAGAGGAAAUGUGUUUGUAGAUAUCUAUAUAACUCAUAUAAAGUCAUAGUGACAGUGCCAGCUUAUAUUCGCAGGCAGAAAAUAGAUGUGAAUCACUGAGUUUGAACAUUAUUUGUGUUUUAAAAAUGCUGCUGCAUGAGAAUAGCGGUCAACUUCAUUUUCCAGUGUGAAAAAAUACUACAUAAUGAAAUA